AUGGUGCUAUCCCAGACAAAUACCUUCGAUAAGUUGGACGAGAUAUACGUCGGCUUCGUUCGAGCAGCCACAGCCGAUUUCACGCCUACUGUGAAUAUGACGCCGAUCGCGGAUGACGUAAUUAAUGGUCUAUUCACAAUGGUCGCCCAAGCUGUUGAAGCACUGUUCAAUGACGACAAUGCAACGAUAGCACUCCGAGCGCACCGAAAACGAGCCGAAAAAGCGAAGUUGCCGCCGGAGCUUGAUGGCGCGAGCGUCCAUACGGAGUUGCCAGAUGCCAACAUGCCCGAGAUGCCGUCUCAUGCCAACAUGUCCGAGAUGCCGGCUCCACCAGCGUACAGUGACACAGUAGAACUCAAAGCUACUUUUUGA